AUGUCUCUGAUCACGGGUGAUCCUGAGGAUUCCCCAAGGGACUGCUCCAGGUCCUCCUCCCGUCCGCAUAAGCACCACCACCACCACCAUCACCACGGCAAUCGACGUCGUCGGGCUCUCGUCGCCGUCUGCUCCACCGUGGCGUCGCUGCUGUCGCUGGCCCUCAUCCUGUGGCUCACCCUCCGCCCCUCCAGCCCCAGCUUCUCCCUGCUCGCCGCCACCGCCACGGUAGCCAACGCCUCUGCCGGCGCCGCUACUAUAAUCACCGUCGACGCCGCGCUCACCGCCCACAACCCCAACGCCCGCGCCACCGCUCUCUACGACCAGCUCCAGGCCACCGCCUCCUACGCCGGCGUGCCCCUCGGCGCCGCAGCGCCGCUGAUGCCCACGCCCUUAGAGCAGCCCGAGGGCGACGUGGUUCUGUCGGCCAUGCUCACAUCCAACUCCGCCGCCGGGAGCUGGAGGUCGCCGUCGUCGCCGCCUGAGCGUGCGCUGCUCAGGGUGCGCAUCCAGGGGCAGCUCCGCUGGAAGGUGUCCACCUGGGUGUCCGCCACGCACGGCCUCACCGUGGACUGCAUCGCCGCCGUUCUGCUGCAAGCGCCGGCGAUCCCACUCCCACCAGGACAGCUGCAGGAGCAGGGGUCCUCCUUCCCCUCCCAGUCGUCCCAGUGCGCCACCCACGUCCAGUGA